CGACGAAGCACAAUCUCGUGAGUGGCGGGUCCAUCUCUCUUCGUCGACGAACAAGCAUCCAGAACUGCGUCGGAUGCAGUGCACCGUUGUCAUCCCUGCGCGGUUGUCCUCGGACCGGUCUUUCCUCUUGUUUGGACUUUGGGGGAUAUGAAUUUGAACUUGGGAUUUGCAUUGCUGAGAACUCAAACAUGGUUGGUUUUGCAUGUUUGAUUUUCACAGGUUGAAUUCUCCGUCAUCAUCAUCUUCAUCUCCCCACAUUCUCACCACUGUGCCAUGCCGCAAGAUGAAAAUUUUGAAAGCCAUUGUCAUCCCCAGUGAGUCCUUCUUGCUUUAUCGCCUAUGCAAGCACUUAUCCUCCCUAGCAUCUCUCCCUCAACCUCUUACUGUAGACCCAGAACCGUCGGAUCCCUCCUUUCAUCUCUUCUCAAUACUAUCGCACCCUAAUUGGCAAAAUCAGCCAGCCCUUAAGAAUAUACUUCCGUCUAUAACCCCAUCUCAUGUUUCUAAAAUUCUUAAUCUUGAUCUUAAUCCCCAAACUGCUUUAGCUUUCUUCAAUUGGAUUGCCAGAAAGAGAGGAUACAAGCACAAUGUUCAUUCCUAUGCUUCUAUGCUCAAUAUUUUAGUACGUAAUAAGUUACUACGAGUUGCAGAGUAUGUUCGGAUUUCAAUGAUUAAAUCUUCUGAUUCAGUUGAAGAUGUGAGGUUUGUGCGGGACCUAUUGCUGAGAUUGAAUUUAAAUAGUGAGGGAGAAUUCUCAUUCAAGCUCACCCUUAAGUGUUAUAAUAAUGUACUUCUGAUGUCUUUGUCAAGGUUUCAUCUUAUUGAUGAAAUGAAGAGUCUGUACCUGAAAAUGUUGGACGAUAUGGUGUCGCCUAAUAUCUAUACAUUAAAUACAAUGGUAAAUGGUUAUUGUAAGUUGGGGAAUUUGGUUGAGGCUGAUUUAUAUGUAAGUAAGAUGCUGGAAUCCGGUCUCUCUCCAGAUACAUUUACAUACACUUCUUUGAUAUUGGGUCAUUGUAGAAAUAAAGAUGUAGAGGCUGCUUACAGUAUAUUUGAACUUAUGCCACAUAAGGGCUGUCCAAGGAAUGAGGUUUCCUAUACUAAUCUCAUACACGGUUUUUGUGAGGCAGGGAAGAUUGAUGAGGCUCUCAAGUUGUUCUCACAAAUGGGUGAGGAUAAUUGUUCUCCUACUGUUCGCACUUAUACAGUUCUUAUAUGUGCUUUGUGUUGGUUGGGUAGGAAAGUGGAAGCUUUACUACUUUUUAAUGAAAUGGGUGAAAGAGGUGGUCAACCUAAUGUUCAUACAUAUACUGUGCUUAUUGAUUCCUUCUGUAAGGAAAGGAAUCUUGAUGAUGCCAGGAAAUUGUUUGAUGAAAUGUUGAAGAAAGGUUUGGUUCCUAGUGUGGUCACAUACAAUGCUUUAAUUGAUGGGUAUAGUAAAGAGGGAAUGACUGAAGCUGCAUUAAAAAUUUUAAGUUUGAUGGAAUCAAAUAAAUGUACUCCUAAUGCUCGGACAUACAAUGAAUUGAUCAAUGGGUUUUGUAAAGCUAAUGGCACACACCAGGCAAUGUUGUUGUUUGAAAGAAUGCGUGAGCACAAACUAUCUCCAACAAUUGUUACAUAUAACUCACUCAUUCAUGGGCAGGGCAGAGUAGGUCAGUUGGAUAAUGCUUAUAGGUUGCUUAAUUUGAUGGUUGAAAAUGGUCUAGUUCCUGAUGGGUGGACUUACAGUAUCUUCAUAGACAUGAUGUGCAAAGUAGGGAGAGUGGAAGAAGCUCAUAAACUUAUAAAGUCCCUCAAGGAUAAAAAUAUAAAAGCAAAUGAAGUAAUGUAUACUGCUUUGAUUUAUGGGUAUUGCAAAGUUGGGAAGAUUGGUGAUGCAGUCUCUUUGUUUCAAGGAAUAAUUGCUGAGGAACACUUGCCAAAUUCAAUCACUUUCAAUGUCUUGAUAGAUAGCUUGUGCAAGGAGAAAAAAGUUCGUGAAGCAAUGCUAUUUGUUAAUAAAAUGUUAAAGAUGAAUUUGAAGCCCACAACUGAAACAUAUACAAGUCUGAUUGCGCAAAUCUUGAAAGACGGUGACUUAAAUUAUGCUGAUAGGAUUUUUAACACAAUGAUAUCAUCUGGAUGUCAGCCUGAUGUAUAUACAUAUACAACGUUUGUGCAUGCAUAUUGCUCUCAAGGAAGGGUAAAAGAAGCUGAGAACAUGAUGGCUAAGAUGAAGGCAGAUGGAAUCAUUCCUGAUUCUUUGACCUACACAUUAUUAAUUGAUGCAUAUGGGCGCAUGCAAUUGACUGAUUGUGCUUUCGGCAUUCUUAAGAGAAUGUUCGAUGCUGGCUGUGAACCUUCUCAUCAAACAUAUGCCUUUUUGUUGAAGCAUCUGGUAAAGGAAAAGCAAAAGAUGAAAGAUGGUUUCUUUGAACCAAGUGCAUUUGCUUCAGGUGCAAGCUCAAUUGAUAUGGCUAUUUUAUGGAAGGCAACUGAUUUUGAUAUCAUAUCUCUACUAUUUGAGAAAAUGGUUGCGCAUGGUUGCGUGCCUAAUAUUAACACCUACAACAAGCUAAUUAUAGGACUAUGCAAGGUAGGGAACUUGAAUUUAGAUGAGUUGUUAAAUCAUUUGCAAGAAGGUGGAAUGUCUCCUUCUGAAGAUAUUCAUAAUUCUCUUCUUAGUUGCUGCUGUGAGUUGAAAAUGUAUGAGGAUGCAGUGAGAAUACUAGAUGAUAUGAUUCAGGCUGGCCAUUUGGCACAUCUGGAUUCCUGCAAGGUGCUUAUUUGUGGGUUAUGUGAUGAAGGAAGCAAAGAGAAGGCUGAAGCAGCAUUCACUGCUUUACUCCAUAGUGAGUACAAUCAUGAUGAAGUGGCUUGGAAAGUUCUUAUAGAUGGAUUAUUAGAUAGGGGCUAUUUUGAUGAAUGUUUCAAGAUUCUAAGUCUUUGGGAGAAGAAAGGGUGUCGAUUGCAUCCUCAGACAUACACACUUUUGAUUGAGCGACUUGAUAAGAAUACAUGAGUUGAUGAUUAUUGGUGGUAUUGUUUUAUAGUGGUCCUACUUCAAGAUGAAUUUUCCAAUCUGGUUGUACAUCAGCUGGGCAUGUAAAGAGUAAGUGCCAAGAUCUUUGGCAGUUAUUCUUAUAACGAGUUUGUGUUCAACACUAAAAAUUUGUGCUUGUUGUGAAUGGAGGAGAAGCUUUAUGAAAUACGGAAGCAUAAGUUGUUUUUCUAGCCAGCUGCAUUGUGAUACAACAGAGAGCAAUUUGAAGAUUAGA